ACAAUUCCGAAAAACAACAGUUAACUUGCUAAUGUACUGCCAGUGCGAAUUCAUUCCCAAUUGCGACGCAGACAAAGCAAAUACUCAGUGCUAGUUUCAGCAAUUUCGUUUAAAUUUGGUGUAAAACAUAAAGAGUGAAAAAUGUUGACAAGAUUAUGCUGCAUGCGCCUUAAUACCGCCGGCGUUGUUCUCGGCUGGCUGGGUGUUGUUGGCUCCUUGUUGGGUGUAAUCCUCGUAUCCACCGUUUUGGGAUAUGCCGACGUCAUUACUCAGCGCGUUCUUGAAAACAUGAAAAAUGGAGGAGCGUCGUAUGAUGAAAUACAUCUGGUUAUUGUCAUUGGGUGCAGCGUUUACUUGGGGAUCAUUCUGUUGAAUCUAUUGUCAUCGGCCAUGCUGGUACUUGGCACCAUGAAGGAACGUCAUUUGAUGCUUUUGCCAUGGCUGAUUAAUUCUGCCGUUGGACUCGUUUUUAGCAUUUUGUACCAUUUGGCUAUAGUGACCGCCACGCUUACCUCUGGCAGUAAUUUCGGGAGCGCUCUUGGUGUUUUGAUACCCACAUUUGUUGUACUAGGUUUGCAAAUCUACAUUUACUACGGCAUCUACUCGCUGUACAAGCAGAUUCAGCGAACACGCGAACAACAGCGUCCGUUGAUUACUGCUACGCAGGGUAUGGAGGUACCCAAUCAGGGUAAUACCUAUCCCAGCUAUACUAAAAUCUAAAAACGAAGCGAA